AGGAAAUUUGUCCCAUAUUGCUCUCGCCUGACGAUUCCUUCGCCGUGAGCCUAGUUCAUGGAUGGCACUUCAUGUGGCCCGCCUAGCGUGGGGCUGUUGCAAAGAUCGUUGGAUUAAUGUAGGCAUCGGCCAAGGUCACUUUGCGCUCACUACUUGUACUUCUUUGGCAUGGUAGCUAUAUGCCUCUUUGGGUGUGUGUCUGAAGGUCCCUGGAUGGUUUUGUCCAUUGUUCAUUUUUGUUUUGCUUCUGUUGAAUCCCAACUAUUCCAAUAUCCCCCCCGUAAAACAAAAUGGCUACACAGCCAAUGACCCAGUCAAUACCUUCGGUGCCCGAGGUCGAGAAGCACAACCUCUCUGUUCUGCAUGGUCCCGUCGACCCUCCUCUGGAAGACCUCACAUUGGGCGAGCUUCUUGAGCUGCAAUGUCUACAUCAUGGCACUGAGGAGUGCAUUAUUAUCCCCUGGACUGGUACGAGGUGGACGUACAAUGAGCUCAACCAGCAGAGUUCCCAGCUUGCCCGGGCAUUGAUGUCCCUUGGUAUCGGUGUUGGUGAUAGAGUGGCGGUGAUGGCAGGCAACUGUGCAGAGUAUGCGUCUAUUUUCUUCGCUGUAGCACGUAUUGGUGCCAUACUGGUGAUUCUCAACAACACUUACACCCCGACGGAGGCGCAGUAUGCUCUGUCUUUCUCAGAUUCCAAGGUAUUCUUCACAACCAAGAAAAUUGGUCGUGUGGAUAACGCCAAACUUCUCUCAGAGCUGAAGGCCCGGAAGAAGGGCCCCAACGUGGUCAUCAUCCGCGGAGAGGCGGGCUCGUAUCCCACAUACGCAGAUCUGCUCAAGCAAGGACUCAAAGUGAACCAAAGCGAUCUUCUCCGCCUGAGCAAGCGGGUUCUGGCACACAAUGUCGUCAACCUCCAGUUCACAAGCGGGACUACUGGGCUUCCAAAGGCGGCUAUGCUCACACAUCACAACAUCGUCAACAACUCGCGCUUUAUUGGAGACCGGAUGCGUCUAGGCCCCGAAGACGUUCUGUGCUGUCCACCACCGCUAUUCCACUGCUUCGGGCUGGUGCUUGGGCUGAUGGCCAUCAUCACCCACGGCGGCAAGAUCGUGUACCCUGAGGAGACCUUUGAGCCAAACGCAAUCUUGCGUGCCAUCUCUGACGAGCGGUGCACGGCUAUCCACGGUGUACCGGCCAUGUUCGACACGCUCUUCAGUCUCCCCAUGCCGCCCAACUUCAACUGCGACCGGCUGAGAACCGGCAUUGUAGCCGGUGCCCCCGUGCCUCGAUACCUAAUGGAGCUGAUGGUGGAACGAUUCGGCAUGACCGAGUUCACCAGCAGUUACGGCUUGACCGAGGCCUCGCCAACCUGCUUCAACGCCUUCACCGACGACUCGAUCGACAAGCGUCUUACCACGGUGGGGACGUUGAUGCCGCACGCCCACGCCAAGCUCGUCGACCACCAGGGAAACAUUGUUGAGGUCGGGCAGAAGGGCGAGCUUUGCAUAGCUGGGUACCAACUGCAAGCUGGAUACUGGAAUAACUCGGAAAAGACGGCCGAGGUGAUGAUCCGCGACGAGGCGGGUGUUCUGUGGCUGCAUACCGGUGAUGAGGCGGUGUUCGAUGAUCAGGGGUAUUGCUCUAUUACUGGAAGAUUCAAGGAUAUCAUCAUCAGAGGCGGUGAGAACAUCUACCCCCUUGAAAUCGAAGAACGUCUGAUGGCCCACUCGGCCAUCACCAAAGCCAUCGUCACGGGCCUCAAGGACGCCCACUACGGCGAAGUCGUCAGCGCGUUCUUGCAGGGCGAUGGAGAGAGUGAGAGGCCGGGCGAUCAGCAGAUGAGGGAGUGGGUGCAGCUUAAGCUGGGCCGACACAAGGCGCCUACGCACAUCUUCUGGCUCGGCGAAGAUGGUGUCCCGGCUGAUGUCCCGCUGACUGGGAGUGGUAAGGUCAAGAAGUAUGAGAUGGCUAGGUUUGGAGAGGAGAUUUUGAGGAAGAGGAGGUUGGAGAAGUUGUAGUUUGGUGGCUGGGGGUUAUGCAUGAUUGAUGAGGAAUUCUAUAAGAUUGUCACAUAUCCUUUUUGUACGUUGUGAUCUCCCGUUGCGAGGUUUUAUUUUUCUCAUACUACAACCUACUUAGGUUAUCAACGUGCG